GCGAGGGCUGGCGCAGCUGCCGCUGUGGCAGCGUUGAGGCGGCGGUGGCGGCUGCUGAGGCUCCGCUGUGGGGAUAUUGGCGGCAGCAGCUGCGGGUAGCGCUGCGCCGUGCAGACCCGGUGCACGGUGCGAGAUCCCGGGACGGCGCGUACCCUAGAAGAUGCCUCUGAUGGAAAAGGCUCUGGGAAGCUUCUCUGGCCCCGGGGCUUUGAACAGGAGCUCAAACCGGGGUCUGUUUGAAGCCUUAGCCAUUGUAUCCUGAGGACUGCAGGUCGGGAGAAGAUGGCUGUAAUUUUAGAUGACGAUGUACCACUCAUCCUGACCUUGGACGAGGCUGAGAGUGCUCCGCUGGCACCUUCCAAAGGCCUGGGCCAUGAAGAGGUGCCCAGCAAAAAUGGGGGCAGCCACGGCGUCCAUAACUCCCAGGUUCCCAGUCUGGUCCCCGAGGCCGACCGUUCCCCUUCCAGUCCCACUGGACACAACUGGGAGAUGAAUUACCAAGAGGCAGCAAUCUACCUCCAGGAAGGCCAGAACAACGACAAGUUCUUCACCCACCCCAAGGAUGCCAGGGCGCUGGCGGCCUACCUCUUCGUACACAACCACUUCUUCUACAUGAUGGAGCUGCUCACGGCCCUGCUCCUGCUGCUGCUGUCCCUGUGCGAGUCACCCGCCGUCCCUGUGCUCAAGCUCCACGCUUACGUCCACGCCACCCUGGAGCUGUUCGCCCUUAUGGUGGUGGUAUUUGAACUCUGCAUGAAAUUACGGUGGCUGGGCUUCCACACGUUCGUCCGGCACAAACGCACCAUGGUCAAGACAUCUGUCCUUGUGGUGCAGUUCAUCGAGGCCAUUGUGGUGCUGGUGCGGCAGACAUCCCAUGUACGUGUAACCCGGGCACUACGUUGCAUUUUCCUGGUGGACUGUCGGUAUUGUGGCGGUGUGCGACGCAACCUGCGGCAGAUCUUCCAGUCACUGCCACCAUUCAUGGACAUCCUCCUGUUGCUGCUCUUCUUCAUGAUCAUCUUUGCCAUCCUCGGUUUCUACUUAUUCUCCACGAACCCUUCUGAUCCCUACUUCAACACCCUGGAGAACAGCAUCGUCAACCUGUUCGUCCUCCUCACCACAGCCAACUUUCCAGAUGUCAUGAUGCCCUCCUACUCCCGGAACCCCUGGUCGUGCGUCUUCUUCAUUGUGUACCUCUCCAUUGAGCUGUACUUCAUCAUGAACCUGCUCCUGGCCGUGGUGUUCGACACCUUCAACGACAUCGAAAAGCACAAGUUCAAGUCUUUGCUGCUGCACAAGCGGACCGCCAUUCAGCACGCCUACCGCCUGCUCGUCAGCCAACGGAGGCCGGCCGGUGUCUCCUACACACAGUUUGAAGGCUUGAUGCGCUUCUACAAGCCCCGGAUGAGUGCUCGGGAGCGCUUCCUGACUUUCAAGGCCCUGAAUCAGAGCAACACACCUCUGCUCAGCCUGAAGGACUUCUAUGACAUUUACGAAGUUGCUGCCCUGCAGUGGAAGGCAAAGAAGAACAGACAACAUUGGUUUGACGAGCUUCCCCGGACAGCCUUCCUCAUCUUCAAAGGGAUUAACAUCCUCGUGAAUUCCAAGGCCUUCCAGUAUUUCAUGUACUUGGUGGUGGCUGUCAACGGUGUCUGGAUCCUGGUGGAGACCUUCAUGCUGAAAGGUGGGAAUUUCAUCUCAAAGCACGUGCCCUGGAGUUACCUCGUGUUUCUUACCAUCUAUGGAGUUGAACUGUUCAUGAAGGUGGCUGGCCUGGGCCCUGUGGAGUACCUGUCCUCUGGAUGGAACCUGUUCGAUUUCUCGGUCACAGCGUUCGCCUUCCUGGGACUGCUCGCGCUGACACUCAACAUGGAGCCCUUCUAUUUCAUUGUGGUCCUGCGUCCCCUUCAGCUGCUGAGGUUAUUUAAGCUGAAGAAACGCUACCGCAAUGUGUUGGACACCAUGUUCGAGCUGCUGCCGCGAAUGGCCAGCCUCGGCCUCACACUGCUCACCUUCUACUAUUCCUUCGCCAUCGUGGGCAUGGAGUUCUUCAACGGGCGACUGUCUCCCAACUGCUGCAACUCCAGCACGGUGGCCGACGCCUACCGAUUCAUCAAUCACACAGUGGGCAACAAGACCAAGGUGGAGGAGGGCUAUUACUAUCUCAACAACUUUGACAACAUCCUCAACAGCUUCGUGACCUUGUUUGAACUCACCGUUGUCAACAAUUGGUACAUCAUCAUGGAAGGCGUCACCUCGCAGACCUCCCACUGGAGCCGCCUGUACUUCAUGACGUUUUACAUCGUGACCAUGGUGGUGAUGACCAUUAUCGUGGCCUUCAUCCUGGAAGCCUUCGUCUUCCGCAUGAACUACAACCGCAAGAACCAGGACUCGGAAGUGGACAGUGGCAUCGUCAUCGAGAAGGAAAUGUCCAAGGAGGAGCUUCUGGCCAUCCUGGAGCUUUACCGCGAGGCGCGAGGCACCUCCUCUGACGUCACCCGGCUGCUCGACACGCUCUCUCAGAUGGAGAAAUACCAGCAAAACUCCAUGGUGUUUCUGGGACGGCGAUCGAGAACCAAAAGUGACCUGAGUCUGAAGAUGUACCAGGAGGAGAUCCAGGAGUGGUACGAGGAGCAUGCCCGGGAACAGGAGCAACAGCAGCUCAGGGGCAGUGUGCCCGGCCCUGCAGCCCAGCAGACCCCUGGCAGUCGCCAGCGUUCCCAGACUGUCACCUAGCCGGGUUUCGUCAAGCCAGCCUCUUCUAUGCAAUAACACCAUAGUAUUAUGUACUACGAUGUAUGGAAACCAUGUGUGUAUGUAGACACAUUCAUAUAUAUGCACACAUUUACACAGGGACGGAAAGGGACUAGCCAGGGUCCGUUCGAACCACCUCGCUCUGUCUUCCUAAGCUCCAGAAAUCGGCUUAGGCUGGAGGCCCAGGCCUGGCUGAGCUCUUCCUACCAUGGAAAACUCUGGAAGCCCUCUGCUCAAGAAGGGCUUCCUUAAAUAGGCUGCCUUGUCUUAGCAAUGCCGGCUUUCCUGGGGGACCUUGACUGUGUCCCGGCUGUGGCUUCAUCCCUGCAUCGUCCCUACCUGUCCCCAGGCCAUCACAGGUGUCUGUGUCUGGUAUUAGGGACAAAACCACUAGGAAGAAACCCCACAUCCUGCAGGAUGGUGUCUGUAGAUGACAAAGUUAGAAGGUUCCCUUGAGGGAUCAGUGCCUGGGACCCAGUGGGAGCUGACGGAGGCUAGAGAUGGCUGGAGACAGCAGUGUAUCCUCUCAGGCUUCCAGUCCUUUCUUGUUGCUGAAACCCUACCACAGCCUCCCAGGGGAAGCUCUCCCAGCAGGAGAAAGCCAACUGGAGGCCCUGGGAAUUUGACUUGCUCAGGAGAGUUCCUUUGAUCUGGUGCUGAAGGCAGCCCCCCUCAGCCCCCACACCUUCAUAUGUGCAGUAGAUGCUGUGUUUGGGGAGGAAGCCACACACAGCACAGGAACACUUACCGCCCAGCAUAGCAGUCCCUAGCUGGCCACCACACCACAGGUAGCUGCUUUUCAAGGACUUUGAGGCCCAGUGAGUACUGGCCUCUUCCAAGGUUCUCAUAAGCUAGGUGGGUAGGGGAGGAGGGGCAGGUGAACUGUCAGCCUAGUGUGGUCAAGCUGGGAAACGGAUGUUUUUACUUUUAAAUAAAGCACAACCUCACCCCCCGCCGUCCUCCCCCCAACACCCUCCAGGAAAACCACUGGUUUCCACAGUCAGGAGACGGGCAAAGUUCCUUCCACCUCAAAGAGCUCUUGGCCUCUAUUGGAGCUCAACCUGGAUUCUAGGUCACAGCCCUGAGAAGCCUGUCCCCACAGUCACGUUGGGCACACCCCAAGCUGACCCUUAAACUUGCUAGCUGAGCAGGGAACUGUGUCACCCAGGGCUGUAAGCUGAGACCCCUCGGAUCCUGUCUAACCCAGAUGCCCCUUCCCUCAAUUCAGCUGAGUGGGAACCGGUGGCUCACAGCCCAGCAGGGGCAGCCAUGGCACCAUGCCUUCUCCCCACUGGAGAUGAGGCACUCUGUGGGAACAGUGUCCGGCGCCUUCCUCCUUGCUUCUCCUCCCCCACCCCGGCCUUACUUACCCCACACCGUGCAGACAAUCAUUUUGUAUGGGUUAAGAGCCUCGUUGUGUUGAAGGUUUUAUACAGUGAUUUGUUACCUAGGAGCCCACUGUGCCCAGAUUUCUGGCGUGCCAAUAAAGAGCCUCUGCUUUAUA